CGCCUGAACAAGUGGAAGGAGGAUUUUGGAAUGGACUUGAGCGAUGGCCGCAGAUGCAAAACGAAAAACGGUGGUCGCCAGACACGAAUAUCCUACUACGUCGGAAUCCGCAGCCGCCGCAACCAAGCUCGACGAUGGCCUCGCAACGACCAACGACGACGAUGACGACGACGACGACGAUGAGCAAGAAAGUGCACUUUGCCGAUUGCGCGCAAGCGUACGAGUUUGCACUUGGCCAUGGCGGCAGCGCGGUGCCCUUGGAGCAAGGCCCGGCGGUGGGCCUUGUCGGCGCACCCGUGCGCAUUGGCGUGACGGCAUUGCGCCGGUCCGAGUGCCGUCGCCGCCUGCGCAAGUUUGACAAAGACGAACGGGUUGCGAUUUUGCGCGCGGCUGGCCACGAGAUGAAGGACAUUGUGGCCUUUUGCGUCGAGGCGCUCGACAUUCGCAUCUCGCGCGGCGCCAACAAACGCACGUGCGCCAAGAAGAAGCGCAGCUCGGAAGUCGCGCGCAAUACAGAGAUCAACGAGAACGCCAACAUUGAGUUUACCCUCGAAGCGUACUAAGAGGCGAACGAAGCCAUCACUAAGUUAUAAACGCUCUCGACUCGCAAGAGCAUGCUGACGCGUCGUCGAAUAGUGUUGGUACAACCAUCCCAAUCGUGGCCGCCUUUCCAGCAGCCUC